GUGACAGGAUACUUCUUUAUCAUUUAGAGGCCACAACUUUCCCUGGAUGUUGCACUCUGUGAAAAGCCAAGGAUCAGUAUGGGGCUUCAUCAGUUUUAACUGAAGACUCCUAGGACUGAAGCCUUUACAUCUGCACCAUUUCUUAGACACUUGGCAGAGUAUAUAAUGAGAUUACAAUGACUGCCUCCAUCAUUCUCAUACUUCUGUACUUUAUCCGCCCAUCGCUUCAGCUGGACUCGGACACAUUUUUAAUCUACAAUGAAGAGCACCAGAAGUGUAUAGAAGGCGAGAAUUCCAUCCUAUCAGUUGCUACAUGUGAAGAGAAGAACAAUGCCCAAAAAUUCAGAUGGAUUUCCGAAAACCAGCUUAUAAAUGUAGGAUCUACCCUAUGUCUGGCCGCUACAGCGAAGAAAGACAUGGCAUUAGUGACCUUAUACCAAUGUGAUGGUGCUAGUGAGCUCCAGAAAUGGGAAUGUCAGAAUGAUACAAUGUUUGGAAUCCAGGGAGAAAAUCUCCAUUUGGACUAUGGUAACAAAAAAGUUAUUCUGUAUAAUGGGUCAGGAUAUUGGAGCCGAUGGAAAAUCUUUGGAACUCCAGAUGACCUAUGUGUUAAGACCUAUGAAGAAUUAUACACUCUAAAGGGAAAUGCUAAUGGUCAGCCCUGCGUGUUCCCCUUCAAGUUUCAGUCCAAGUGGUAUGCGGAUUGCACGCUUGCAGGAAGGUCUGAUGGAAGGCUUUGGUGCUCUACGACUGCAGAGUAUGACAAAGACAAGUUAUAUGGAUUCUGUCCAUCUAAAGCUAUCGCUAACAAUUGGUGGACAACAGAUUCUGUUACCAGUGUCAAUUAUCAGAUUAUGGUGGAUUCGGCCAUUACUUGGUACCAGGCGCGGAGAAGCUGCCAGCAACAGGAUGCCGAGUUACUAAGUAUAACUGAGCUACACGAGCAGGCUUACAUAUCAGGAUUAACCAAUGACCUCACAACAGCCUUAUGGGUUGGACUCAAUAGUCUGGACUAUAAUGCAGGCUGGCGAUGGGACAAUGGAAGUCCUUUUCGAUAUCUGAGGUGGGCUCCAGGAAAUCCAUCAAGUGAACCUGGGACAAACUGUGUGGCGCUAAACCCUGGGAAAGACGCCAAGUGGGAAAGCAGGAAGUGCGGUCAGAAGUUGGGAUACAUUUGUAAGAAAGGCAACAGCACCUCGUCUUACAUCCCUCCAUCAGGGAGUAAUGAUCCCAUCUCCUGCCCACCCCUCUGGAUACCCUAUUCUGGGUACUGUUAUUCUCUGCAUAAAGAGGCCAGGAUUUGGAAGGACGCAAUGUUAGCAUGCCGGAAGGAAGAAGGGGAUCUCGCAAGUUUGCACAAUAUUGGGGAAGCAAGCUUUGUUACCUCACAGUUUGAGUAUGAAAAAAUAGAGUAUGCUUGGCUGGGAUUAAAUGACCUGAAGGUGCAGCUAUAUUUUGAAUGGAGUGACGGGUCUCCAGUAACAUAUACUGUCUGGCAGAGAGGAGAACCAUCUCACCUCAAUAACAAAGAAGAGGAUUGUGUUGCAUUAUACACUAAGGAUGGACUUUGGGCAGAUCAGAUGUGUGAGCAGAAAUUCCCCUAUAUGUGUAAGCGAAAGCCAUUGCCAGUUGCUCAUGAUGAAGUUCCUGUAGACGAGGGGUGUGAUAAGGGCUGGAGAAGGCAUGGCUACUACUGCUACUCUAUCAGUGAGUCAUCUACAACAUUUUCAGAAGCGAACAGCACGUGUAAUAAUAAGGCGGCCUUUCUGACGACUGUUGACGACAGGCUUGAACAGGCUUAUUUAACAAGCAUGAUUGGACUUAGACCAGAGAAAUAUUUCUGGACAGGACUCUCCAAUAUGGAGGAAAAGGAAACUUUUAAAUGGACUAACAGGGAAAGGGUUUUGUACACACACUGGAACGCUGAUAUGCCGGGAAGAAAACAAGGCUGUGUAGUUAUGAGAACUGGAAACAAGGGUGGAUUGUGGGACGUUGUCAGCUGUGAUGAGAAAGCUAAGUACGUCUGCAAGAAAUAUGCUUUGGGUGUGACACCACCUCCUGCCCCGACGACAACAGCAGAACCAUCAUGCGCGGAAGGAUGGACAACAUCCAACAAUUUAAGUGGAUGUUACAAGCAUUACUAUAAAGAAGAAGCAGAUGAGAAAAAGUCAUGGUAUGAAGCCAGGGAUUUUUGCAGAGCAAUAGGAGGUGACUUACUCAGUAUUAGCAGUGAGGAGGAACAGCAAGUAGUAUUGAAAAUGCUGCAGCACAUUGAUGUUUACCGUCAGACCUUCUGGGUUGGCCUAGUGAGCAGUGAUCCUGAUGAAGGCUUUACGUGGUCAGAUGGUACACCUAUGGGCUAUGAGAGAUGGGGAUUUGGAGAGCCAAACAACCAUGAGGGGGUAGAGCUCUGUGGGGAGGUGCGGACUGAUUUCCGCGUGUCCUGGAAUGAUAGAAACUGUGACGUUCCUGCAGACUGGAUCUGUGAGCUGAGAAAAGGUGCCGAAUUAAAAGCAGAGCCUACAAAACCAGCAACGCCUGAAUAUCAGCACACAAGUGAUGGUUGGAUAAUUUUGGAUGAUACCCAGUACUAUGUCAGCAAGGAGGAGAUGACCAUGGAUAAAGCCCAAGAAUUUUGUAAGAGGAAUUUCGGAGGCCUUACCACCAUCAGCAGUCUGACUGAAAGGAAAUUUCUCUGGAAAUAUGCUUUGAAGUAUAGGAAGAGUGAUGCAUUUUUCAUUGGUUUAAAAUUAGCACUGGAUAAAGAAUUUAAGUGGAUGGACAAUUCUCCUAUGGACUUUGUUGGAUGGGCGAGAAAUGAACCCAACUUUGCCAAUAAUGAUGAGAACUGUGUUGUGAUGUAUAGAGACUUGGGAUAUUGGUAUGAUACAAACUGUGGAGAUCCAAAUGCAAUUAUCUGUGAAAGAAAAACCAGUUCCAUUAAUGUAACAUUUGCGCCAACUCUACCUGCACCGGAAGGCGGAUGCCCAGCAGACUGGCUUUCAUUUGGAAAACAGUGUUAUAGAAUAUUUGGAAAAGAAGAAGAUGAAGUGGUUGGAUGGACACAAGCAAGAGCUGCGUGUCAGUCAUUAAAAGGAAAUUUGGCCAGCAUACACGACAACCUGGUACAAGCUUUCCUGGUUAGUCAUUUAAAAGAUUAUAAUGUUGAUGUCUGGAUUGGAAUGAAUGAUAUUAAUUCAGAGCACAAGUUUCUGUGGACGGAUCAAAGUGGAGUGCUUUUUACAAAAUGGGCCAAAGGUCAUCCAUCUGGAAAUAAUGUAUAUGUCUAUGAUGAUGCUACCGAUUGUGUGGCUAUUAAACGUGGUCCUAUUUUAGAUGUUGGUUCAUGGGCCGAAGAAGAUUGUAAACUGAAUAAAGGAUACAUAUGCCAGAAACCUAACGACCCCACGCUACCACCUAUCCGUACUACUAUUUCCCCAUCAAACAUUUAUCGAUACGGUGACUCCAGCUACACCAUUGUUAAAAACAAGAUGAAGUGGGAUGAAGCACGGCAGUGGUGCAAGGCCUCAGGCUCUGAGCUAAUCAGUGUCUUAGACGAGUACACUGCGUCAUUUCUGACGGUCCAUUUAAAUAAAUAUAAGGGGCCUUUUUGGAUCGGCCUCAACAGUAACAUGACUGACAGCCAGUUCAAGUGGAUUGAUAAUUGGAAGCUUCGGUACACAAAAUGGGCUGCUGGCGAACCUAAGAAUCAAAGUGCCUGUGUCUAUAUGGAUGAGGACAGUGAGUGGAAGACAUCAGCUUGUGAUGAGAAUUAUGCUUCAAUUUGUAAGCAAUCCAAAGCGGUUGCUCCCACGGAACCACCACAAAAACCCGGAAAAUGCCCAGAAUCAACAUCAAAGACCUGGAUACCCUUCCGUGGCCAUUGCUAUCUUUUUGAAUCAUCUUCCUCCAGAAACUGGGCUCAAGCUUCCUUGGAAUGUCUUCGCCAUGGCGGCAGCUUACUGUCAAUUGAAGAUUUCGUUGAGUCAGAUUUCAUAUUCCACCAUCUGGAGACACUCCAGGACAGAGAGAGGACGUUUUGGUUGGGACUUUAUAGGAAUGUGGAAGAAAAGUGGCUCUGGUUGGACAAUACGCCAUUGGACUUUGUAAAUUGGGAUACCGUUGAACCAUCCGAGCAAGCAGAUGAACAGUGUGUGGAAAUAUAUUCCACAAAAGGGACGUGGAACAACAUGUAUUGCACCGCUUACAGGGGAUACGUAUGUAAGAAAUUAAAAACUCCCAUGCCUACAGAGAAGCCAGUCACGAAGCCAGAAGAAAAAAAGGCAGAUGCACCUUCACAUGGCACGACAGCUGGCGUGGUUAUUCUUGUAAUACUUGUUGUUGCUGGAACCACCAUUGCUUUGUAUGUAUACAGGAGAAAACUGAACAAGCCUCCUCGGAACAGAAGUUCAAACAACACGUUAUUCUUUAAUGGCAGCCGUGUACCCCCGACACAGGAUACAGAUGUUCUAGUGGAAGACAUUGAGCAAAAUUAACGUACUAUUUUUUUUAGUGUCAGUAAAAACUUUUCAUGAAGGUAAAAUAAUUCCUAGGUUAUUGUUUCAGACUCUAAGGGGUAUAUUUACUAGAGUGGGGCUUUAUAGAAGUGGAGAUGUUGCCAAUAGCAACCAGCCAGAUUCUACAUAUCAUUAUCUAGCACCUUCUACAAGAUUUUAGCUCAAAUCUGUUUGGUUGCUAUGGGCAACAUAUCCACUUCUAUAAACUUUACAUUAAUUAUCCUGAAUAAAAGUGGCAAGCGCAACUUGGCAUUAGAAAUGAAUCUGAUGCCUCCCAACAACAUUUUUAAAAAUUGUACUAAAAAAUUGCUGAGAUACAGUAUAACGUUUUGUACAUGAGAGAGCCCACCUUGUGAAUGCAGGUAAAUAACUGUAAUGCUUGAAAAUAAAACUUAAGUCUCUCACUCCCAGAGGUGGCCAUUUUGUAGGAAGAACCAAUAUGUAUGUGGGUGUGGGCUAUCAAUUCCUUAAGAACUUGUGCCGGCUCUGAGGUUAGAGGUCUCAUCUGUGGUGAUGUCACUAGUUUCUUUAGAAUUAUACAGUACUCUGCUUCAGCCCAGAAAAUGUCUGUUCCAUUUUGUACACCUUAAAAACAUAGAACAUAAUAGGAUGAGCCAUCACUUCAUUGUAUCAUUCCUAAUUAGAAAAUAUUGCCUGUAUGGGGUCUUCUCUGCUUCCUCACAUCUUGCUUCCUCAAAUGAAAUACCUUGAGGUCUAAGGCUCGGGCAGUAUUACUGCACCAAAACCUCAUAUGCUAUGGACUGACACUAGAUCCAGGCUUGACUGGUCCACAGGGGUACAGGGGAAACCACCGGUGGGCCCUAUUGCCUGGGGGUCCACCUCCUGCUCUAAGGGUCAGGUUCCAGACUGUGCACUUGAAUUAUACAUCAUACAGAUGUUACCUUAUACUGUACUAUGGUGUAUUUUCUACAGUGCAUUGCUGUUAUUAAUCUGUUAUUAAUCUGGUACAUUAUCAUGCAUGCAGCAGCUGAAUGUACUGUAUAUAUUUAUGAAGGGUUCGAGACAUUGCACUCUCUAAUGGUUAGUCAAAGCAAUGAGGUGGAAGGCCACAUACCCUCUGCAAACUGGCAACACCGCUAACAUAGGCCGGCCCCCUAUCAUUGCAUUCCCACGGUGGGCCCUACAUGCCCCAGUCCGACACUGACUAGAUCUGUCAUUGUUACAUAAAAUGUUAGGUGCUUUUUGUGUACCACUACUUCAGAUCAUGCCGCUGACUACUGUACUCCACACUGCAACAGUAUACAGUAAAUACUUCAAUGUGCCUUUUAUAUAACCUCAGGAAGCACAGGUUGUGUCUCCCGCCAGUAAUCACUAAUCAUACACAGAGAGAGAUUCCAGUUGUGUGUGUUGUUCAUAAUCAUUGUUACAGAUGAUGUGUAAAUUAAAAUGUUUCUUUAUUUC